AUGCUCCGCGAAGCGGGUGAUGAUGCUGAUAGCCUGCCCGACCGCAUGGCUGCCAUGCAGAAGUUUCGCAUCGCCAUCAAGAAGUACAGCGACGCCAUCAAGUUGACACCGAGCAACUACCGCCUCUGGAGCAAUCGAGCCUUGUGCCACUCAGCACUCAAGGAUUGGGACCUCUGCCGGGAGGCCCUUUCUAGCCAUAUGGACCAGUUCCAGGAACGGCUCGCGGCGCUUCGCCGUCUGGCACUCCCAUCACGGCUGCCCGAGGAGGUGCGCCGCCGCGGCCUCCACAGCGCCAAGGUGCGUGAAGUGCUCAGUGCACUGCCAGGCCUGCGCGCUGAGGUCGCCAAGUUCUCUGUUCGCAGUGGCCCGCGGAGAGGUUUUGUGGGCCGCCUUCUGGAUCCAAAGCUUCCUACACCACGGUGCGUAGUGGUCUACUGCCCCAGCGAGCAGGAGGGUGGUGCUGGGGCAGAGGAGUGCUUGGAUCUUUGUGCGGAGUUGCUUCCCCUGGGCAUCGCCAUCUUUGCCAUCGAUGUUAGCCCAAGUGGGACGAGUCACUGCCUGGCGAAGGACGUGGCAGCUGCAGUCGAGAUGCUCCGGCACGGCCACAACGCCAUCCCACCCUAUCCCUACAUCGCUCUCUGGGGUCGGUCUGCCGGUGCCGCAGCUGCCUUGGAGGCGGCGGCCAAAAACCCGACGCUGGCCGCGCUUGUUUGCGACAGCGCCUAUUCGGAUGCGGCGUCCCUGCUGGAAGUGCCGGGAGUGCUGUCAGGUCCCCUGUCAGGCCUCUGCCAGCUCGCCUCGGAGAGCGGGCUGCUGGGUCCUAGAGUUGACUCGAGUGCCACUACUUCCACUGCCCCUGUGGACCACGCCAAAGCCUGUUUUGUGCCUGGGCUUUUUUUGCAUCCAGCGGAGGAUGAGCUUCUGUCUACCGAGCAUGCCAGGAACCUGCGACAGGCUUAUGGUGGGGAGGCUCAGCUCCUCACCAUGAGUGGCACUAGCCAUGACUCUGCCCGACCGAAUGAAACGAUCUCACGAGCGGCUCUCUUCUUAUCCCGGGCCUUCGGGCUGGAAAACGAUUCCGUCUCUCGUUUGGCUCUGUAUUUGUCGAAGCUCCACCCCGAUGCUGCAAAGGAUCAAAUCGACCAGGAAGCUGCUAAGCUCCUGGUGGCUCAAGAGGUGCAGAAGCGCCGUUGGGGCCUCCUGAUGAAGGCUGUGAACCACUGCCCCGCUUACCACGGUGCCGCAUUCAAGCGAGUGAUCGCCCGUGGCCUCAGGCCUGAGACACGUGGCCCUGAAUACGUGAAGUUUGCCAUUCUGGUGACGCUGCCCAACCCCGGCAGCGAAGUUUGCAUCGCUUGGGCAGCCGAGAUGUCCGAGGAGAGUGGUGAGCAGCGAAGACUUGGCACCGUCCACUUUGCCAACAUCUCCUGCUCCUGCCUGAGUUUGACACGGGCUAUUGUCCAAGAGGACGACACAGGGCACACGGUCCAGUUGGAAGACUUGGCUGUCCAGGAAUCGAGUCUACUCCCACGGGAGAAGCCGUACACCAUGCUGCUGGCAUUGGCUGACACUGGCCGCGUGGAGAUGAAACUCGGCCCGUGCAGCGUGCAGUGGGGCCGCCAAAGCCAGGACACAGGCUUCAUCCGCAGCUUGGCUCUGUGGUCUGCCAGCUUCAGCCAUUCCGGGCUGGUGGAGUUCAAGGACGAGCUGCUACUGCAGCAGCCUGCUGCCGCAGAGAGCCGAAGUUGCAAGGAGAGGGGACUGGAGAGGCGACCGCCUGUGCACCACUUCAUUGGCACCGUCGCGCAAGCAGAGGGGGAAGGCGAAAAGGUGUCCAAGGCAUCGCUGUUGGACGGCCUGGACAGCCUGCCCGCCUCAGCAGCAGAGCUUGCUUGGCAUUUGCACAACAAGCAGGAAAAGUCCCCGCAGAAGGCAGGCGCAAGGCCUCCCGAGUUGGAGCUUCCUGGCACACUUCCGGACGAGGAGCGCACGGCUGUGCAAUCAUUGGGGAGACAGUGCCGCCGGCGCAAGUCCAGUGAGAUGUCGGUGCAGAGCGAGCUGUCUGCAGGCACUUUCCUCUCCAAAGCCGCAGACAGCUUGGCACUGUCCCUUUCGACAGUCCACAGCGGAGAAGGUGAUGGUAGCCUCGAGGAGCAUGGUGAUGCCGAUGUGCUUCCUUCUUCGGCAUCCUUCCAUCCCCCUGCCCGCGGUGCUGAGGAGGAAGCAAGUGACAGCGAAGGCUCCGGCUUGGGCUUAGCACGGAGCCAGACCUGGCCUGAUCUCCAGGCGCCAUCCCUGUAUGAAUCUGCACAAGGGCGCCGCCAUACCUGGAGCGCCUGCAUCGCAGAGCUGCCACUCGCAUGGCAGUAUCACUAG